AUGCGGAGGCCGGCUUCAGCACCGACGUGCUCGACAUUCCACCUCUUCCAAAGCCUGCCUCCUGAGCUGCGGCUCAAGAUAUGGGCCUACAACGUGCCAGAGCCGCGCAUGGUCGCGGCGCAGUGUGGCAGCAAGUCACCGUCCCUGUCGGCGCCUCCUCUGCCGGUGGUCAAGGCUGGCCGGCGAUGGCGAUCGUCGCAGACGAAGCGACCGUCGACGUCGCCGCCACUGCCACCGCCACCGCCACCGCUGCCUUGGUGCACCUCGCCGGCCGCCAUUCCGGCCAACCUGCACGCAUGCCACGAAUCCCGCGCCGAGGCUCUGCGCUGCUACGCGCUCAUGUUUGGCAUCGCCCGCCAGACCGGCCACGUGUACUUUGACGCCAAUCAAGACGUGCUGUACUUUGGCCCGCGCGACGGCUAUAUGGCCUCGGAAGCCCAGCUGCGCACGCUCCUGACGCUGGCCGACCCCGAUGAGCUGGCCCGCGUGCGGCGCGUGGCACUCAAUGAGGCCCUGUUCUGGGAGGGAACCCGUGCUGCCAGGACGACGAGCGCAGCUAGCACGGCCGUCGCUGCUGCCUUCGAGCUCGCCUCGCCCGCCUUCCAGCUUGCCGCCAGCGCUGCCGUCGACGUGCUGCUCCUCCUGCGCACACGGCUGCCAGGGCUGCGCGAGCUGAUCCUGGUGCCACGUGACGAGACCCCGGACCGCGGCCUCGACACGGCCCUGGUGCCUCUCGUGACCCUGGGCGAUGGCAGCACGAGCGCCACCGUCAUCGACGCGUAUGCGGCAGCGACCAUUGCCCGACUCAGCUGCCAAAUUCAGGAGGCCAUCCGACGCAUGCAUGUGGCCAUGCCGACCUGGUCGCCACCACACUGGGACAUCCUGGCCCUGAGCAGCAUCACGACCACCUCCAACGACAAUCUCUCGACAGCCAGUCUGCCUGAACCUGCUGCACCGCCGUCAUGGAUCGACCGAGCCGUCCUACCAUCGCUCCAUUCCGUCCUUCCUCCUCCGCAAAGACAGAUGCAGCAGCACAACAGCUGGAACGGCUCGACCUCGAAUCAUCACCCGGCAUCUGGCAGAUCUGCCGGUGGCGGCAACAACAACAUAGGCGAAUACUUCCGUCCUGCCUUGCCGCUUUCCUCUGGACAGGACCAUCCUUUGUCCCCGUCCUGUAGCCAGCGAGAUCAAAGAUUGCCCUCACUGACAGUGGUGUUUCCACAUGCCUCACGCGGAGCUUCUGUGCCGUCCGACAUUGCGUCCUUUCGCGAGACGAACGCAUCAGGCGGGAUCCAGACAUCGACCACGAUGAAGUUCUGGUAG